GGCGCACGGGCCCUCAUGGUGUCCAUCAUAGCGGACAGCCCGGCGGAGUCGUCACACAGUCACCUUCGCAAGUCCUCGUCGCAGCGUUCAGUGCAGACUCGGAAGACCUGCAGCUCUCUGACAGACCACCUUGUGUGCCGGUACUGCUUCAAGGACGACCACCCCGAAGAGAUGGUGGCGCCAUGUCGAUGCUUAAAGAGGAGCACUGUGCGUUGGACGCAUGUACGCUGUCUCGAUAAGUACAUGAACCGCGUUCACAGCAACAGGUGCAACAUCUGCAAGAAGCGUAUGGCUGCCAUCAUUCGACAAAAGGAUUUACUACGAUGGAAUGAAAACCUGGUUGGACGCGCACGCCGUUUACAGGUUUAACCCCGACAGUCCUGUCCCUCGAGGCGGAGAAGGUUCCAGCUCCCAUUGACGAAAGUGUCCGUAAUUCGUCGUGACGCUUCUUGCUAUAUGGGCAUAAGAAUACUAAAAAAAUAACGUGCGAGACCUUCAACGGUUAGGUUCAUAUUCAGCAUUUAUUCAGCAGUAAAAGUUCUCUGCUUGUAACACUAUUUUAUUAAAUAUCGUUGUAAUAAGCGCUGUGAAUGCUUGUGCCACAUUCCUUGCGUGUUUUUACAUCUUAGGUAUGCAGGUGAACGUAAGGCAGCAGCGAGAGGAAAAUACAUGAGCAGAAACCUCUGGCUGAAUAUUAAAGUUACGUGAUAACCUCCCAAUAAUUGGCCUUAGAAUAUUACGGUGUUUUUGUAGAAAAGGAAGUCAUCCCACUCAGACAUACAGGCUGUUUCACACUUAGGGGGGAACUUGGAA